AGUAAUGCAUCUAGGAUGCAUUCACAGUCAGUGUAAUAGGGACCGGAACCAGACACUGGAAGGCUUGGGUUUUCCCGCGGUCCUUGAAGACCCCAGGGAUCCGUCUGAUACAGACUGUGUCAGAAUAUAUAAUUGUUCCCUCCCUCCUCCGCCGUCCUAUGAGGAAGCACAGGGACUUCAGAUCAGCGCUCCAAGGAAUAGUUCUGCUAAUGACAAUGAAGACACGCCAGCAUCUAUGCCGUUGCUUGGUGCAACCGGCGGAAGUGGUGCAACGGCAGGGCCGCAGAACCAAAAUUUGGGUCAAAUGGGAGUUUUCCCGCCAAGCACGGUUGCUGUGUCAGCAAACACAGGCACCACAUCCUAUACAAACGUCACUGCCGGGACCACGGUGGAUGUUCCGUCUGUGAUGGGUACAAGUACCCCUACAUCCAUCCCCAUCCCACCAGGCCAUGUCCCUAUCAUCACGUGUCACAGCUGUGGCGCAAGGCAACAGAUCGGUCAAUACUCAUUCUUACCAAAGACUCAAGUGGUUAGUAUGCAAGCCAAUGUGGGCAGCAUGAACUUUUACUCGCCUCAACCCCCCGGGUCGGAGAUAACGGCCCCGAACUAUAUGAUAGCUGCGGGGCAGCAGCCAGGCUACCCCUCGUCCUUACCGGCAAGUGGGGUGGUACCGUCACAGCAACAGUGCAACGUAGCUGUCCACUAUAACUCAAACCAAGGAACAGUCCAGUCACAGCUGAUCAACGCUGCAAGUCAAAACGGAUCGGAGAGUGAAGGAAGAAGAUGUAAAGCUCAGGACUGUGCACUCUUAUGCUGUCUCAUCAUAUUCACCACCUUUGUUGUCGUCGUAUCCUUGGUUGCUGUUCAAUAUGACUGAGGUGUUGAUUUGUGAGCGAGUCACACUUUCCUGUUAACCUUAACAUCCCGUAGCCAAAAAUGUUAAUGCGACUUUGUACAGUCAUAACACUUUAUCCUUAACCAUUUCUAGUCGUAACCAAAAGACAAUCACAUUCUGAGUUCUUGGCAAUAUAAUAAGUGUAUACCAGGAAAUUUUCGCCGCAGUUAAACUUUCACCUUUUUUGCCCUCGGUAACGAGCCCACAUUAGUAACAGCAUAACAAAACAGCAAUCAAAAGUCAAGGGCGUAAUCAAUACUAGGCGAGUUUUCAGUCGAAAGUUUGAUUGGGCGAAAGUUUCCCGCUAUAUAAUACCUCCCUAAAGUAUACGGGGUGUCAUAUUGAUGUUGUGUAUCCUUAUUUCAUGUAGUAUACCUUACCGUUUAAUUAUAUAUGACCAAGAGGGAAGAUCUCGCAAACCAUACAGGAGGUAGGCAAUCCCUAGGACAAUUGAAAUCGUUUAUGUUUGUGCCGAGGCAGAUGAUGUUUUCUCCCAUCCUUCACAUGUGUGUCUCCCGUUUUAGUCGGGACAGAUCAGCUUGUCACCCCCUAGGGUAAGAUAGCCUCGUGCCGAUUAGCACGUGUCCAAUUUUGACGUCAUUAAAAUGUUUCACCAAAUAUUAGAAUGGGAGAAAAAUAAUCAUCCCCUACCUUGAGGGUGUGACAAAGAAAUCUCCAACAGCAUACGGUCGCGAAAUUCAUUUGAUAGUGACGAAGUAAAGAAAAGUUUUUGUUUUUAAUUAUGACCAUAGCUGCACUGUUGAUACUGUACGAAUACAUUGAAUUGUGUAAAACGGAGUACAACUUCUCUUGAUAGGUUAUUAGUGGAGAAUGUUAUGGGAGCUGCCUAGCAAGCCUGGUAUGCCAGCAUACAAAUCAUAACUAUUAUACUGUGUGUACUGAAUAUCAGCAAGGUAUUUUGAUAAUACGCGAACGUAUCAAGGUAAUGGUGAAUGAAUAAAGUAGUUAUCUUUUGUGGCUAUAUUGUGCCAGUGUUAUGAUUUAAUAAGCGGCAAUGUAAUGGUUCCAGCUCUUUGAUUUGAUAGAAAACCAAGUAACUGUCGCAAAAUUAAAUGUGAUAAUAAGCGGAAAAGAAAAAAUGUACAAGAGUCGAGUGCAUAUUAUGCAAGUUCUAUUUUUUGCCUUUGUCAGUUAGGUCAUUAUGGACAAAUACGAGGAAACGAAAAAGAACUAUCGAGAAAAGAAUGCACAAUGGACAUUAUUAAAGGUAAAUCGUCAGAUUAUCUGUCAACGGUUGUGGUGGAAAGCAUGAACCGUAGUUACGUUUACGUGGUUAUGUUUGCAAUGUGUUGUUUUCAUUUUUUAUGUCUUUAAGUAUUUCAUUGUGAUUCAAUUGUUAAACCAAUUCCUUUGUGAAAAUAGUUACAACGUGUCACAGCUGUGUCACCAAGGUGAGCUGGGUUGGAAUGGAAUGGGAUUGAUUCAUAGCGUUCCGUCGAAUUGAUGAUUCAAUGCGGACAUUUUGAAAAUGAAGUAAUGUUCAGCUGGUUAGCAACAGUAAAAUACUCAACCGGUUAGCACUUUCGUGUAUGUUGCAAUGAAUUAUUUUGUUACUUGUUAGCUUACAACAGACGAUUUUAGUUUUUCUUGUUUUUUGUUGUAUUUGAUAAGGAUCAAACACAAACGUUUGCAAAUAUGUUGAUGGAAAUAAAUGCUUAAAAACGAGUGUCGUGUUAACAGGUUUUAUACACUAACAAAAUGUUGUGUAAUUCUCACACAAAUCAAACUAUAAGCAAUUAUUACUGAUAGGAUAACUACUGCUCAGUGAUCGGGAUUUUCACAGCAGUAUUGGUAAUCAAAACUUAUAAGAACUAGUAAUAAUUGUAACGGAUGGCCGUUACAGAUUAGUCCCCCAAACUACCCCUGUUGGACAUAGGAACAUAGGCAAAAUCAGACAACAGCUAAAUUUCGACCAAUCAGAGGACUCCAUUUUGUUACCAUGGCAACUGAGCUGCUCGAAAUUGUAACCAUUGUGUUUGGCAUCCCUUAAAACCCCUAUGUACCAAUUCUGGGCAGAAUCAGACAACAACUAAAUUUCGACCAAUCAGAGGCCUCCAUUUCGUUACGAUUGCAACUUAAUCUUUCGUGAAUGUUACCAUCGUGUUUCGCAUCCCUCAAAACCCUUAUGUACCGAUUCUAGGCUGAAUCAGACAGCAUCUAAAUUUCGACCAAUCAGAGGCCUCCAUUUCAAUACCAUUGCAACUGAACUUUUCGAAACUGUAACCGUUGUGUUCGGAAUUCCUGAAAACCCCUAUGUACCAAUUUUGGGCAGAAUCAGAAAACAACUAAAUUUCGACCAAUCAGAGGCCUCCAUUUCGCUACCAUGCCAACUGAACUUUUCGAAUCUGUUACCAUUGUGUUCGGAAUCCCUGAAAACCCCUAUGUACCAAUUUGGGGCACAAU